CAAGUUUCAAAACGACAAACAGAAAACCAUUCGAAUUGCCAGAUGACAGGUUCAGGGUUUAUAGAAAAUGGAAUUUUAACAGAAGCAGAAAGGGACCCACUCCAUUCAUGUUUGCAUAGGCUACAAAAUUUAGAAACUUUGGUAACUGAGCUUUAUAACAAACCUGCAACCAUUCCUCCUGCAAAAGAUGACAUGCUUCUGAAGUCAUUGAAUCGUAAUAAAUCCAUUGAACAAGAUUUACAGAAAACAAAGAAAGCAUUAUUUACAACUGCAUCAAAACAAGUAGAACUUGCUAAGUCCUUGGAGCAUUUAAAAGAGAGAGACUUAUCUGGUAAAUGUUCAUAUUGGCGAAGAAACUACAAACAUUUGAACGUAGAAAGAUGAAUUUGCUUGCUUUGAUUGUGCUGAGUUUGCCUAGCCGAUAUGCUAUCUUGUUUUGUCUAUUAACAG